AUGGCAAGCAAGACCCUCCAGGCUUUAAGAGACGAGUUCGAAGGGCAAACUAGAGAAAUCCAAAAACUGCAGAGAGAAGUGGAGCUAGCGACUCAACACACAAUAAAGAAACUGUCGGCAUCUUACCGUGAAAAUGCUGCAGCUGAUCACUGCCCUUCAACUGCAGUGAGUGCUACCAGUAGCCUAGUGGGGAAAGGCACAUUGUUCCCUUUGUUGCCCAACCAUAACCACAUUACAUCGCUUGCGUUACAUCACUCCUUGCCUGACGAUCGUCCAAGCCCUAUCAAUAGCAUCAUAUCACAGUCCACCCAGAGGCCGUGUGGUUUAGAAGGAAAUGUUAGACAAGCUGUCAGCAAAUCCCUGGUGGAAGAGGUGUCGCAAUGCAAAGAUUCACAGGAAAAAACAAAAGAUAGCAUUAACAUGUGUGGUCUACAAAACCAACUUCUUAGACAGUCGAUCGGUGAACUGAAUUCCAAAAUCCAGAGUCUAGAGAAAGAAAGAGAUGGCAUGCUGGGCCUGAGGUUGCGUGAGCCGAAAGCCCAAGAAGAGGUAAGCAAACAAUUUCAGGAGCUUCAAGAAGCCAACCAGCUUCAGGAUGAGAUGCUGAAGCAGUCAAAUGUUUACAGUGAACUUCUCAGGGAGAUGGUGGAGAACUAUGGUGGGGUGCUCCAGGAAAUCCAAGGAGCCCUUUUAGGUUACGAGGAGUGCUCAGGAAGGAAAGUGUUUGAAUCAGACUCUGCGUCAAGUGUUCACAUCAGCAGGCUGGGAACAACUGUACAAAAAGCCCUACAAGACCUGGAGUCUGAAGCUUCUUUUCUUAAAGGGAAGCUUAAUCUAACCGAAGAGCAGGUUAACAGCCUAAUGAAAGAACUACAAGACAAAGAGGCUCUUUUUCAUCUCUAUAAGGAAAGGUAUGAUAAUGCAGUUAAAGAACAUGAGCAGCAGAUGGCAGUAUUGACUGGUGACGUGACUACGGCCCAGGACCAUACCAAGAAAAUGCAAACACAGAUGGAAAAAUUACGAAAACAAACAAAAGACCAAAGUGCUCAUUAUGUGGAGAAGAUAACUCUUCUAGAGUCAACAGUAACCAAGUUAGGUUUUGAGGUGGAAGACCUAAAAAUGCAGCUGGCGGCAUCAGAUUCUGCCUUGAAAGAGACUCGCAAUGAACAUGAACAGUGCAAUCAAAAGCUAGAGGAUCAACUCCAGCAGUUAAGUGUUUGUGAAAAACGACUAGCUUCAGAAAAACACCAGAACAAGAAACUUUGGGAGCAAAACAAUGCAAUGAAUCUCACCAAUGAGCACUUACGCAGAGAGCUGAUAGAGCGCAGCAUGGAAGUGGAGCGGCUUCAGGUCUCCAUAAAUAAGCUGACGGAAGGCAGCCAGCAACAGCUGAAGCAAAAGAUGGCACUAAUACAGGAAAACAUGGAAAAUCUGGCAUUUACUUCAAACAAGCUAGUGUCUACCAAAGCACUUCUGGACAAAACUGCACAGGAAUUGGCAGCUAGAACUAUGAGCUUGCAAAAGUCUGAGGGACGUAUCGAAGAACUAAAAGCAAUUCUAGAGGAGAAGGAUAAAACCUUAAGGAACACCGGGGAUAAACUGAAGAAGCUGCGUUCUCAAGUAGAGGCCAAGAAACAAGAGGCUGAACAGAGCAGAACUGAGGCAGAAAAACUGAAGAACAUUCACAAGGACGCGGAGAAGAUGAGGAGCCACUUGACUGAAAAGGAUCAGCUGAUCAAAACCAUGGAAGUUCAGGUGGAAAACUUGACUCAAAUAAUUGAUCAGCUGAGUGAAAAAGCAAAUGUUCUGCAAACUGAGAAGUCUCAGCUUCAACAGGACGUCUCUUAUAUGAAAUCAAAAUUAGAGGAACUGAAUGUCUUGGCUGGAAAGAAAGAAGCAAGAAUUCACGAGCUGGAGCAAGAGAAAAUUAAUGUUAGAAAUGAAGCCUGUGAACUAAAGAUGGAAAAAGAUGACCUUAAGGCAGAUCUAAAGGUCGUCCGCAGUAAAUUUGCCAAUUUAACAGACAACUAUGAGAUAUUAAAAAGAAACUGCCAAAAUAAGAAAGAUGAUCAGGACAACCAAAGUUCAGUGCUUAAAAUGCAACUUAAAACUGCACUUACUGAAUUGGAACAAGCUAAGAAUACUUUGGCGACCAUGGAGGGCAAUGACAGUCAUGCUAUUAAAGUUGCAUUAAGAAUGCAAAAGAAAAUAACUGCCAAGAGGGAGAAAGUAGAUGUUCUGCAGAGCAGGAUCCAAUUCCUGGAGGAAGCCCUCUCACAUGCAGAUAAGGAGAAACAGCAUCUAAAACAACAGAAAGACAAGCUGAUGCAGGAGCAUGAGCAAGAAACAGCCGAAAGACAAAGGCUGUCUAAAGAACUAGAGAUACUACACGUUGAGAAUAAUAAUCUUAAAGAGCAUACCUCACAAAUGCAGGCUGCUCUGGAUAAGACGUCUGUGCAGUUGUCUGAAUGUCAAGCAGUAAUUCAGCGUUUGGAGCAAGAAUCCAUGUGCUUAAGGUUACAGCAUGCCCUGGACUUGAAGGAGCUCAAAGUCCCAACCUCAGCACCCGUUUUUACGUCUGUCAAACCUUCAAAUAUACCAGUUUCCUGUCUGCGUCCGACCGACUUACCAAUUAACCAGUCCAGACUACACUUAAUGUCUUCGAACGCAGAAGACUCAGAACAAUCUGCCAAGACUCUUACAACAGAGAAGCCCACCCGGGAUGUAAUAAACAUUUUUGACAAAUUGCAUCCAAUGGAUUUCAGAGAUUCAGCUGUGCAUCGGAGUAAGAGCAGAGCGGAUAUGUCAGAUCACCAACACGUGACCAUGGAGCCAUUAACGUUGCACACUGUUGAUCUUCAAGAUAAAGACCCAACUUUCUCCUUUGCACACACUGAAACACCAUUUUUGGCUACGCCAUGCUAUACCUCAUCGCCAAAGAAAUGCUUUAAAGAUCAGAGAUCUGGAGCUAGAUCCCCAGUGCACUCUCUUCUUACGGCACAAGCAGAUGUCUAUGAAGUCCUCAGCUCCCUGGCUAGGAGGCCACUGUCUAAGGAUAUAUCUCCAGAGGACUCCACUCAUGAUGAAACAUCUAUAGGACUCACUACAGACGUUUGUCAAAAACUGCAAAGCAGAUUGGAUAACUUGCAAACCAUGGCUGAAGGUUUACAACUGAAAAAUAGAGAAAUGUCAUCGGCUGUGAGAAGUCAGGAGAAAAGAAUGUCAAACGUUAAACUGAUAAAAAACCUGAAAAAGUAAAGAAACGGCAGUCUAAAUCAGUCCCAGUUUUAAAUGUGGCAGAGUGGAAGAAUCCAAACCCUAGAACUGUCCUCGUAGGCAAAAAUACAAGGAG